AUGGGUGCCCUCGAGAGAUUGACUCAGCUUGGCAGCCAGUUCUCCGCCGGCGGUAAGGACAAGAUCCUUCAGAAGCAUGCCGACGAUGUUGUCGUCACCGCAGCCCUCCGCACGCCCUUCACUAAGGGUGGCAAGGGUGGCUUCAAGGACACCCAGGCCGCUGACCUGAUGGCUGGCGCUCUCAAGGCCCUCCUCGAACGCUCCAAGAUCGACCCCGCCCUCGUCGAGGACAUCGCCGUCGGCACCGUCCUGGCCCCCGGUGGAGGUGCCACCGAGAUGCGCGCCGCUGCCCUUGUUGCCGGCUUUCCCACAACAACCGCCGUCCGCACUCUUAAUCGCCAGUGUUCCUCCGGCCUCCAGGCCUCCGUUGACAUCAUCAACCAGAUCAAGACGGGCAUGAUCGAGAUUGGUAUCGGCGCUGGUGUCGAGAGCAUGUCCACCCAAUACGGUCCCGGCGCCGUAUCCGAGUUCUCCGAGCAGCUCGAAAACUUCACCGAGGCCGCCAACUGUAAGGUUCCUAUGGGUGUUCUUUCCGAGGACAUGGCCCGCGACCUUGGCAUCCCUCGCGUGAAGCAGGAUGCUUUCGCAGCGUCCUCGUACGCAAAGGCCGCCAAGGCCCAGCAGGAUGGCCUCUUCGAUCAGGAAAUCGCCCCCCUCAGAGUCAAGGUUGAGGACCCUAAGUCUGGCGAGAUGCGCGAGAUCACCGUCGCCAAGGACGACGGCAUCCGUGCCGGCGUUACGGCCGAGUCCCUCGGUAAGAUCAAGCCCGCCUUCGCCAAGGACGGCAGUAUCCACGCCGGCAACGCCUCCCAGGUCUCGGACGGCGCUGCUGCUGUGCUCUUCAUGAAGCGCUCUACCGCCGAGCGCCUCGGCCAGCCCAUCCUCGGCAAGUUCGUCGCCGCUUCCAUCGUCGGUCUGCCGCCCCUGCUCAUGGGCCAGGGCCCGGCCAAGGCCAUCCCCGUCGCCAACGCCAAGGCCGGCCUCGCCACUGAGGACGUUGACAUUUACGAGAUCAACGAGGCCUUUGCCUCGCAGUGCCUGUGGAGCGCCGAGACGCUCGGUAUCCCGUUCGAGAAGAUUAACCCCAAGGGCGGCGCCAUCGCCUUCGGUCACCCCCUGGGCUGCACCGGCGCAAGGCAGAUCUCCACCCUGCUGUACGAGCUUAAGCGGACGGGCAAGAAGAUUGGCAACACGUCCAUGUGUAUCGGUACCGGCAUGGGCAUGAGCGCCGUGUGGGUUGCUGAGUAA